AAAAAGAGUGAUAUAUAUUGAAGGUGAUGUAUAGAAACAUAUAGAUUCAAACAUCUCUUCUUCUUUCCCUCACUCUACCCUCUCCUCUAAAAAAAUAUUCACUUUUUAAUAGAAUAAUAUUUUCAAGAUUAAUUUGUGCAUCCUCUUUCAGUUUUCAAGAACAUGUUUUUGAUAGUUCCUUUCCAAAUAUGCACCUAGAGAGAGAGAGAAACAAUAGCAAGGAUCAAUCUUCAUUUGUGAUAUAGCUAUUGAAGAAAGAUUAGUAGAAUUUUUGGCUUGCAAUGAUAUGGCUUUCUUUCCAUCAAAUUUCAUGCUUCAAACUUCUCAUCAAGAUGACCAUCAUCAACCUCCACCUUCACUCAACUCAAUUAUAACCUCAUGCGCACCUCAAGAUUACCAUGGAGGAGUAUCCUUUUUGGGAAAGAGAUCUAUGUCGUUUUCCGGGAUAGAACUCGGAGAAGAAGCGAAUGUGGAAGAAGAAUUAUCGGACGACGGAUCGCAGUUAGGGGAGAAGAAGAGAAGGCUUAACAUGGAACAAGUGAAGACCCUUGAGAAAAGCUUUGAGUUAGGAAACAAGCUUGAACCUGAGAGGAAAAUGCAGCUUGCAAGGGCUCUUGGACUUCAACCAAGACAAAUUGCUAUAUGGUUUCAAAACAGAAGGGCUAGAUGGAAGACAAAACAGUUGGAGAAAGACUAUGAUGUUCUUAAAAGACAAUAUGAUUCUGUUAAGGCUGAUAAUGAUGCACUUCAAGCUCAGAACCAGAAGCUUCAGUCAGAGAUAUUGGCACUGAAAAAUAGAGAACCAACAGAAUCAAUCAACCUAAACAAAGAAACAGAAGGAUCAAGCAGCAACAGAAGUGAAAACAGUUCAGAAAUCAAGUUGGAUAUUUCAACAAGGACGACACAAACAGCUAUUGAUAGUCCUUUAUCCACUCAACAACAAACAAGCAUAAACCUCUUUCCAUCUUCUUCUAGACCAACACUAGUUCCUCAUCAACUCUUUCAAACCAAUUCGACAAGACAAGACAUUAAUCAGUGCCAAAAGAUUGAUCACAUGGUUAAAGAAGAGAGUUUGAGUAACAUGUUUUCUGCCAUUGAUGAUCAAUCUGGAUUAUGGCCAUGGUUGGAGCAACAACACUUCAAUUGAUCAAAUAAAAGAGUUUUCAGAUUUAAAAUUUUCUUGAUUAUCAUACUCGCGCAUGUUCGGAUAAACAACGACUUUAUGUCGUAGUGAUUUUGACAAAAAUACGCUAUGAACUUUUAAUAAAAUCACAGUGUCGCUGUAAUUUUGUCGAAUUUACUGUCGAUUUAUUCAGUUGCGAAAGUUAUAAACUUUGUUUUGGUGAACUUGAUGUAUAAAAUAGGAUAUAUAUCAAGCAUAAUUUUUCAAGUAGAAGUUGAAAUAUAUAUAUUCUUUCCAGUAA